UGAUUGUCAAACUGAUGGACUAUAAACUUCCCCUUGGGUCUGCCCUUUUAAUGAUUUCUGUGCAGUAAUUUUUCAAUUAAAAAUAUUUGCAGGUUUGGAUUAAACCUAUCAUAUUCUAUCAACAUGGCUAUCCACUAUCUCGAUCCUGUCGCUGAGCCUAUUGGAAUAUUCGGCCAGUUUGUCUCAAGGGAGCAGCAGACCUUAGCUUUGAAAGAAAAGAUAUUCUCCCUCUCUGGGGAUAGCUUUGAUGUUAAAUUGGCCAAUGGACAAGUGUUUUUAAAAGUGACGGGAUCAGUCAUGUCACUUUCUGAUCGGAAAUCGGUGGAGGAUGCUUACGGUAAUCACUUGUUUGAUAUUGGCAAGGAGCAUUUCCAUCUCCACACGACCUACGCGAUCAAAGACCCGAAUGGCAACAAGAUUGCUGAAGUGAAGAGUGGCUUCGCCUUGCUCGGAUCCAAAGCCACGGCCACUUUCACUGGUCUCAACGGCAAGGAAGUCACUUUGCUUAUGAAAGGGAAUUGGAGUGAUCGUACUGCCGAUAUUGUUGAUCAAAACAGCGGCCAAACUGUGGCUCGCCUCGGCCGAAAGCUGUUUGACGGCCGAGAGAUUCUGUUUGGCCAGGAGACCUAUGCCGCUGUGGUUGCACCCGGUGUGGACGGAGCAUUGAUCGCCGCCUUGUGUAUAUGUUUUGAUGAGAAGAACAGAGAUGAGUGAUAUCAGAGGGAUGCAUUGAACAUAUAAUUGGGAGGAGGAGCGACUUGGUCGAUCAACUGACGUAUAAACUGGGCUUGGGUAAAUAAAGGCUUCCAGGAUCAAAAGAAAUUUAAAUACUCAUUGAUUAGCCUGCUGCAUGCACGCCAAACAGCACAUUGGAGUUACACUAUACGGAGUUUCUUAUUACCGGAUGAAUUAUGUAUAUUGUACACCUCGCUAGACAACCUGUACCCUAGUUUUCUUUGAAUCUCUAUAUCAUGUGAUUUAGGCGAACAAUCUGUGAUAGUUAUGGGAAUAAUCAAACUAAUCUACCAGCUGCG